CAGAGGGAAUCAAAACAAUCAAGUGAACAGCACUGGACGCGCACAAGGAUGAUACUCCAGAUCCGAGACGACUAGACGGUCCAAACAGCCGCUGCCAACAUGUUCAGGCGAGGUUACGGUGGGGUGGAGCUGCUGCUGGUGCUGUGGGGCCUGGAUCUCUCUCAGCCCUGCCCUCGUCACUGCAUCUGCUACACUUCACCUAGCACCGUGUCCUGCCAGGCCCACAACUUCCAUGCCGUGCCCGAGGGCAUCCCCGCUCAGAGCGAGCGUGUCUUCUUGCAAAACAACAAGAUCCAGCGGCUGCUCCGCGGCCACUUCUCGCCCACCACGACCAUGCUGUGGCUGUACUCCAACAACAUCUCCUACAUCCAGCCGUCCACCUUCCACGGCUUCGACCGCCUGGAGGAGCUGGACCUCGGGGACAACCGUCACCUGAAGGCCGUGGCUUCAGACACCUUCCUGGGCCUGGGUCGGCUGCACGCCCUGCACCUGUACCACUGUGGCCUGAUCAGUCUGCCUCCGGGGAUCUUUGCAGGGCUGCAUAAUCUCCAGUAUCUCUACCUACAGGACAACCAGUUAGAGUUCCUUGAGGAUGAUCUCUUCAUCGACCUGCUGAACCUCAGCCAUCUCUUCCUGCAUGGCAAUCGGCUGUGGAGUCUUCGCCAGAACACUUUCCGAGGUCUGGGCGUCCUGGAUCGGCUCCUUCUCCACCAGAAUCGAAUCCAGUGGGUCGAUCGUCAGGCUUUCCAUGACCUGAGGCGUCUCACCACCCUGUACCUGUUUAAUAACUCCCUCACCGAGCUCUCCGGCGUCAGCCUCACUCUGCUGCCGGCGCUGGAGUACUUGCGACUUAACGACAACCCCUGGGAGUGUGACUGCAAAGCCCUGUCACUUUGGGACUGGUUGCGUCGUUUCAGAGGCUCCACUUCAUCGCUAAUCUGUGUUUCACCUCCUGAGCUGGUCGGGAAGGACCUGAAAAUGCUGAAGAAAGAGCAGCUACCCAGCUGCAUGUCGAGCGAGGGACACCCACGUGGCAGCCCAGGCGGGGAGAUGGAGCAGGGAGAGUCUUUAAACCACCUGAAUCGCCACAGAGUUCACCACAACCACCACCAGCGGCCGUACCUGCCCCACGGGGACCAGUACAGCUUGCCCUCGCCUUCGCCCCUGCCGCGGCCCCCGAAGGGAGGCCGCAGAAACUGCACCCGGCGGGGCCGCAAGGCGAAGGGCGGGCACAACGAAGUGCAGCUACUUCGGGACGGGGGCGAGAAAGACUACACUGCAGACAGAGGUAAAUACGACCUGUCUGCGUCCGGGAGGAGGAAGAACAAGUGCAUCCCCAGAACUUCGGUGGGCCCACCGAUCGGGGUGCAGAGGGCCAAUAAUAAAGCGGGGUCGCACCUUGCAGAUUAUCUUUCGUGUCUCUCGCCGGCCUUGCUGCUGUCACUCUUUUUUGUGAUCCUGCGCUAAGACAAGACAUGGGCACUUUGGUGCUGCAGCCUGACGAACCGCUUUUCCUGAAACGCCCUGGCCUGGCUCUUAGAAGGAGGCGCGUGUGCGUAACCUGUGUGUACAUGACUGUGUAUAAAGAACUUCUCUGGACUGUCCCUGUGGUAUUAAUGCAGGGAUGGUUAUGAGUCAUAAUCAAUACGUGGAAGUCAGGGAAAACAGUUUCGUUCAUUGCUUUGAUGAUGUCACCAAGGGAAACAGCAGGAAAACUUUACUUUUGUUACUGUGACAUCCAUCGCAUUACCCAACUCAUGUACUUAUAAAACCUGUACAGCCACAUGAAGCAACAAGCCACUAAUCCGUUCAAACA